AUGGUGGGCAGCUCCCAGGCUGUGUGGACCCUGGUUGAACAUGUGCCGAGCACAGAGGAGGGGACAGAUGCUGUUGGGGUAAGCUUGCUACAACCUCCCGUGCUGUGGCUGCUGGUGCCCGGGGAUGGCGGUGCAGUCUUCCUGAGCACGGAUCUUAACAGGGCCACGGGGGGCUCCAAGCCAUCACUGUUCCCAGGGCUCGAGGCUGGAUCUUUCACUUGCCUCAACAACAACGUCCUAAGGAUCAACUGCCACUGGUCUGCCCCAGAGCUGGGUCAGGGCCCCAGUCCCUGGCUCCUCUUUACCAGCAACCACGUGCUGGGCAACAAGCAUAGAUGCGUCUUCCGGGCCAGCGAGUGCACUGUGGUGCUGCCGCCCGAGGAGGUGCUCGUGCCUUCCGACAACUUCACCAUCACUUUCCACCGUUAUGUGUCUGGGAAGGAGCAGGUCAGCCUGGUGGACCCACAGUACCUGCCCCGGAGACACGUGAAGUUGGACCCUCCCCCGGACUUACAGAGCAAUGUCAGCUCUGGGUCCUGUGUCCUGACCUGGGGCGUCAGUCUUGCCUUGGAGCCUCUGGCCGCCAUCCUCAGCUACGAGCUGGCCUUCAAGAAACAGGAGGAGUCCUGGGAGCAGGCCCGGCACAAGGAUCACAUUGUCGGGGUGACCCGCCUCACCCUUGAAGCUGUCGAACUGGACCCUGGCUCCAGCUAUGAGGCCAGGCUGCGUGUCCAGAUGGCCACACUGAAGGAGGAGAUGGGGCAGGAGCAGCACUAUGAGGGCCAGUGGAGCGAAUGGAGCCAGUCUGUGUGCUUCCCAUCUCCUCAGAGCCCUGCCCAAGAUUCUCACCUGUUCUUGCUUCGGGGACAGCUCGACAGCAGCACCCUUGUUGCUGUGCCCAUCUUUCUACUGCUGACCAGCCUGACCUACCUCGUCGUGUUCAAGCUUUCACCCAGGAUGAAGAGAAGCUUCUACCGGGAAGUACCCUCUCCGGCGCCCUUCUUCCAGGCCCUCUACAGUGUGCACUGCGGGGACUUCCAGACCUGGAUCAGGGCCCACAGAACUGGCCUGCUGCCGAACCCGGACCCUGUCGGUCCCCCACAAGGAGCCUCGGAGUCCAGCGACCAGGAAGUCAUUGCGUGGCUGACCUAUGACCCAGUGGAUCCCUGGCAGUCAGUGGUCCCAGAGGACGAGGAGGAGGGCCCUGGCGCCGGCCUCCCAGAGGCUGUGCUGAGAGCAGGGCAUGUGCUACAGGGAGGGCAGCUGCCUGCCUACCUGCCACAGGAGGACUGGGUCCCUGCGAGAGCCCCCAGGCCAGCUCCCCCACAGUCAGAGGGCAGCAGUGGUGACUACUGUGCCCUGGGCUGCUCUGGGGGCUGCCACCCCUGUACCUUCCCAGGAAGCACACGGAGCUCUGGGCCCAGCCUGGUUUUGGCCCACGGCCUUUCUGGUGACCAGCAGAGCCUGGAUGCCUGGCGAGGAAGUACCUGUGUGGGAGUCAGUCACGGUGAGAGGCAAGACCCUGCUGAAUGGGUCGCAUGAGGACCUCAGGGUGGUCGCCUCGCUUCCACCCUCUGCAGUCACCGGGGUUGAUCUAGAGCCCGGACUUGGCCAGCUGCAUGAUGUCCAUUUUGCGGAAAAUGGACCAAAGUCUCUCUGAGAAUGGAGCCCCUGCACAGACAUCCUGUCGGGACGGGACGGAGGCCAGCGGGUGACCCCCUCCUCCCUCCCCUCCCCUCCUCUCCCCUCCCCUCAGCAUCCUGCCACUCAGCACCCCCUCCCCAGCCACCACUUCCCUCCCUGCUAUCUGGCUUCACUCAGACCCUUCAGAAAAGAAGGGUGUGGGCCCACAGCCUGUUCUGCCCUCACCUCUUUAAAGGGUCCACCUGCACCCAGCAGACGCAGAGGAGGUGCUAUGACUUCUUUCUGUGCCUUCCUGAGGUCCCUCUCCUCCUGAGAUUAGAAGGGGUCCAGUGGGUCUUUCAAACCGCUGCUGGCUGGGAGAGGGGCCGGAGGAGUACGAGGGAAUGGGGUCAGUCUAUUCUCAGGCUCUCUGGGGUUGGAGGUGCUGAGGUUUUACAUGUAGGGUCAAGUGGAGGAGGAGGUGCCUGUCCCUGGGGCUCUGGUGACCCCUGUGGUCCACGCAGGAGAAAGCACUUGCAGCUCCAGGCUCCCAAAGGCACAGGCCCCCCUGCCUCAGACAGGCUUCCCCCUCCCUUCUGCAUGCCACUGGCGCCCCCGGGGUUUGUGGGGAGCCUCAGAGGAGCCAGAUUGUGGUCAGCAGCGGGGAAGCAGGACCCAGAAUGUAUUUUUAGCUUGUAGAGAGCGGGAAGGGUGUGGACGGAAGUGAGGUGCAGGCAUCUUUAGUUCUAACCAAGGAUAAAAAAAAAUAGCUUGAAUCCACUUCCUGGAGCCCACCCCUGGGGAGCGCUGGGCUGGUAUCAGAGCAGCAUCUGUGUGGCCCCCGUGGCUUCCCAGGGAACCUGCAUGUGACGAGUGACCCCCACAGCUGGGACACCUCCUCUGCGCGGCCGGAGACACUGUUUCUGUGGAUCACAUUUUCUCUCAGUGACACGCAGAGACCCAGCUUUGGGCUGCAGCUUGAGCAUGCAGCCCCUUGGAGGCUGCGUGACCUGCCCCUUUGGCCACAUUGCUCUGAGUUCCCCUGAGCGAGUCACCUGCACACCUCUGUGCCCAGAAAACUCUGGCUUCCCCCUUUGGAGAUGAGAUGACCCUUGGACACUGUGGCCCCGAGGUCCAGUUCGCAGCAGAGCCAGGUUGGGAGACCUUGGGAGGAGGAAGUCGCUGAGCACCGGUUUGAAGGAGUCGGAGGGCCAGCGACCGGAGCCCCAGUCCUCGAUGCGGCUGCUGAUUCCAGGGGGUUGGGUGCGCGGCGCCGCUGGAGCUUGAGGGCCCCACACAGGGCUGGCUGGACCACGGAAGGCCCGGAAGGCCAGACUGAGGGCAGCGAGGGCAGGGGACUCUCCCUGACGCGGGAAGAUGUGCAACGGUUUCUCUUGGUUUGUUUGUUUUUAAAAUUUUUUUUUGGUUUGAAUUUUUAAGCCAUCUCUACACCCAAUGUGGGGGCUGAACCCACAUCCCUAAGAUCAAGACUUGCAUGCUCCACCGACAGCCAGUUGGGCGCCCCGCUUUCUUGGUUUCCAGUGUGGUGAAAUCCAUGUAGUCCAACCCUCUUUCAACGUGUGCAGUUCGGUGACAUUCAGUACAUGCUGAUGUCUGACGUUGUCACUCCCACAGGAAAUCCCCUGCCCGUGAAGCGGUCGCUCCCCCUGGGCCCUCCGGAGCCCCUUUCCAGCUCCCCGUCUCCAUGGAUCGCCUCUUCUGGGCAUUUUGUAGAAAUGGAGUUACAGGGUACGUGACUUGCCCCACGGCCUUAUUCCUCAGUGUAGUGUUUUCAAGGUUCGCCCACUUCGCGGCAUCAGUGGCCUCACCCUUACUGUGACCCUUGCGCUGUUACCAGGUUUUCCCUGUUGCAAGCAGCACUGCUGUGAACAUUCAUGGAAAAGUUUUUUUGGUACCUGUUUUCUCUGUUUCUGUGUGUAUUCCUAGGAACGGAAUUGCUAGAUCACAUGGUAUGAUCAUAUCUAUGUUUAGAAGUUUUGAGGAACUGCCAAACUGUUCUCCACAGUGACUUCAGCAUUUUACAUCAAUGGUGUACUUGGGUUACAAUUUCUCCACAUCCUCACCAACUGUUAUUAGUGUCCUUUAAAAAAAUAUAUUUUUUAAGCUUCUUUUUUUUUUUAAGAUUUAUUUAUUUAUUCAUUCAGAGAGAGCGAAGAGAGAGGCAGAGACACAGGCAGAAGGAGAAGCAGGCUCCAUGCAGGAAGCCCAACGUGGGACUCGAUCCUGGGUCUCCAGGAUCACACCCCGGGCUGCAGGCGGCACUAAACCGCUGCGCCACCGGGGCUGCCCCUUUUAAGCUUCUUAAUUUAAAUAAUCUCUGCAUCCAAUGUGGGGCUUGACUCACGACCCUGAGAUCGAGAGUCCCAUGCUUGGGGUGCUUGGGUGGCACAUUCGAUUUUAAGUGUCCGACUCUUGGUUUUUGUUCAGGUCAUGAUCUCGGGGUCACGCGAUCGAGCCCCGUGUAGGACUCAGCACUCGGUAUGGCAUCUGUUUGGGAUUCUCUCUCCCUCUCCCUCUGCUCCUCUCGGUCAUUCUAACUCUCUCUAAAAUAAAUAACUAAAUCCUAAAAAAAAAAAAAGAGUCACAUGCUAUUCCAACUAAGCCAGCCAGGCAUCCCUUAAAUCACUGUUCUGGGUAUAAAGUGGUACCUCAGUGUGAUUUUGAUUUACAUUUUCCUGAUGGUUGGUGAUGUUGAACAUCUUUUCAUGUGCUUCUUGUGUGUCUUCUUUGGAGAAAAUCCUGUUCAAGUCCUUUGCCUAUUUUUAAAUUGGGUUGCUUGUCCUUGUGGUGUUGAGCUGUAGGAGCUCUUUAUAUAUUCUGAUACCAAAGUCAUAUCAGAUAUUCCAUUUUCAAACAUUUUCUUAAAUUCUGCAUGUUAUUUGGUGCCAUAUACAAUAAACCAUGGCCUAAUCCAAACCCAACAAACACAUGAAAAGAUGCUUAACAUCCUUAGACAUCAGGGAAAUGAAAAUGAAAACCACAGUGAGAUGCCACUUCACACUCAGGGGAUGGCUGUCAUCUAAAAAAUGGAAGUUAGUUUUAGCAAGGAUGUGAAGAAAUUGAAAUUCUCAUGCUCUGUGGAUGGAGUUGAGAAACAAUACUGGUGAGGGGUACAUAUCAAUGUGAAUAUUCACUUAAAAAUGUUGAAAAUGGGAUGCCUGGGUGGCUCAGUUGUUGAGCGUCUGUCUGCCUUUGGCUCAGGGUGUGACCCCAGGUUCCUGGGAUUGAGACCCAUAUGGGGCUCCCUGCAGGG